AUGCGCGUCGACAUACCCACAGAAGUGCUCCUCCACGUCUCAAAGUACAUCCCAGAUGACACUCUCAAGGAGAUGUUGGCAGUCAACAGGGUGUUCUAUGAUCUUGCAAUGAAUUUACGGUACGGCGACAUGUUGAUUGCGACGAGGAAGAUUAAUACGUUGAAGCAUCUCGUUCGAUUGCAAUACCCAGAAGUCGCACAGCGCGUCCGCCGCCUCGAAAUCCGACUAAGCCUAAUGAAACCAAAAGGCAAAGAAGAACACGCCCCCGAAUCCCCCGGCUCGGUGCACACAAUCAGACAAACCCUCAACGAGGCUCUCCGUCUUCUACGUCCCCGCGGCAAAGGAGCCAAACGCAGAUCUCCCCCCCAUCUAAAUGAAAAAAGAGACCCAUUCACGGUUGUCAUCAACGAGCUCAGCACCGCUUUCCCUUUAAUGACCAACGUCCAAGAACUAUUGAUCGAUUCAUGGGAUUUACCACCCCAAUACGACCUCCACCCCUUCCUCUCCUCCGCAUGGGCUUCCUUCGGGUCUAAACUGCACACGGCGUCACUGUGUGGGAACCUAGAAGGCUACCGCGUCUUAAUCGAGUCCAACCCCCCCUUCGCAGCGCUCAAACAUCUCCGAAUGGAAUUUACCAACAACCUAUUCCGCGUCGACCUCGAUGCGGACCGUGCGAUCCUCGUGGAUAUCGUGGCGCCCUUCGUGUGCCGCCUAGGACCCCAGCUCGAGUCACUGAAGGUGUGGUCCUGGAUGGUCCUGGAUUUAUCCGCCUUUUUUCUGAAUAUAGGGCCGUUUGAGAGGUUGGAGUAUUUGAAUGUCCGGACGGCGUUUAAUAGAGCGUUCAGGGAGGAUGCGGGGGGGCUGAAGAGAGUACUGUGUGGGUCUUCGAAGACGCUCAAGAGAGUUGAUUUGAGGCUGAACCCUUCGGGCUCGGCUAUUGACCCGACGUCUGAGGGACCGCUUGGGACGUGGCUUUUGGAGUGUUUGGAGGAUGAAAGGUGUUUGGCGGGUGCAUGUGCGUUGGACGUGUAUCCUACGAAUUUAAACUUGCCGAGUGGGAUGGAUAUUUUGUUGAAGUGUGUGGAGAGGACGAGAGAACAGCUUACGGAGCUCGUUGUGCGUGAUCGGUAUUUGAAUCCGGAGGAGAUUGGGGAUUUGUUGGAGGCGUUGAGGGGGUGUAGGGGGUUGACGUAUUUGAGGUUGAAUGUGUGGAGGAUGAAUGUGAGCUUGUUUGAUGUUAUGGCUGUCAAGGCGCCUGGGUUGAGGAGGUUGUGGCUUUCGGUUGGGGAUGCUGUUUCGAAUGAUCCUUCUGCGUCUUUGGAGAAUCUUAGAAAUGAGAUUCAGACUCGGCGCUUUACCGAGUGGAAGAUUGAGGAUCUGACGAUUUGGCAAGGUGGGGCAGAGAUUGAUGGGGAUACUAUGAAGGCUUUGGCGAAGAGUAUCCCUUCUGUGAACAGUUUUUGGGGGACUGGACAUACGAGGAUUGACCCAUGA